AUGCCCGUCGCCGACGACGGCCUACAACGCCCCCUCAAGAACUUGAUUACUGCAUUUGAGCUCGAACGCGCGUUCCGUCGCUUACGCACUGGACGCGCAACGGGCCCGGACACCACCCCUGCCGAGUUACUCAAGUAUGGAUCAGAGCUACUAGCUCAACCCCUCGCCGACAUCAUCAAUCACGGACUCACCACAGGAGACAACAUCCACCUGGGCGACGGGAUUCUUCCCGGACUCCCCAAGCCAAACAAGCCGGCUGGCAAAUGCGCCAGCCUUCGACCCAUCAUCCUACUCAACAGCAUCCGUAAGGCGAUUUCUUUGGUGGUGAUUCGCCGCAUCCCCCUCAAGAUCGAAUAA